AUGAACGCCGCGAUUGCUGCCCCAAUUUUUCUCCAAUCCCUUUCCUCUCCCACGGCGUCCUCCGGCCCCGCCGCCUCCGCCGGCGGCGGCAGUAGCAUUCCCCGCCGCGUUACCCUGCUAUGGGGCGGCCGCGCUCCGCCUUCUCUCCGCUCGCCUUCAACCCGGACCCGCGCGGCCGCCCGGAGCGACGGGACGUUCUACGAUCUUCUCGGAGUGCCGGCGAGCGGGAGCUCUGGAGAUAUCAAGAAGGCGUACAAGGAGUUGGCGCUGAAGUACCACCCGGACGUCUCCCCGCCGGAUCUGGCGGCGGAGUACACCCAACGGUUUAUCGAGGUCCACGAGGCCUACGAGACUCUCUCCGACCCGGACCGCCGCGCGCUCUACGACGACCAUCUGAGAAGCGGCCUGCACGUCCUCUUGUCUGGGCAGCGGCUCGAUGAGGAAGUGGAUGACUUAUCUGGUUGGAGAAGUCAGUGGCAUGAUCAGCUUGCAAAAUUAAAACAGAGGAGCAAGAAUGAUUCUGAAGGCAACUUAUCUUGGGGAGCUCGGAUGCGCAAGCGAUGGGCUGAAUCAUCUUAGUUAAUGGCUUCACAAAAACAAAUGUAUCUCCCAUCUUCUACCUUAUUUCUAUAGUUCCAACUGUGGAAGAAGAAGAAGCCUCUACACCUUAUCAGCCAGGGCUUCAAACGUCACUCAACCUCUAAAUUUAUGGGCUCAUUAGCUUUAUUUUUGCUAUAGAGUCAGGAAGCUGAAUUUCCAUUAGGGUAGGGAAUGAGCUGUGGUUGUUUUACCUCGCAGAGGUACAGAAAUUGUAAAUGCCAGAAGUUGAAUGUAGAGUUAAAUAUGAGGUUUCUAAAAGGUAGGUCUGUUUUGUAUACAUUUUCUUUUUGGUUUUCCCACUGAGCAAAUAAUAG